GCCACCACCUCUUUUUUUUUUUUGGCAUCACCUGUCUCUGUGCCUCAGACCUGCUUGUGCACAUGAUGGCGAGAGAAACCCGGCUCUUCUGCAGCCACUUUACCGCCUCGGAAAACAUUCCAAACGGAGACUUUGCUGUUUUAAAGACGUUGUAGAUAAACGGAGAGGACAAAAGGUCAGCAGUGUGCAUAUUUCCAGGCAGGACUUUUCUUCAACCUUCAAACUAUGUCAUGGUAAACUGGAGGCGGUGCUACCAGUUUAGUGAACUCAUCUGAAGAGAUGCAGCUGGCUGUCAAGGACUGCAUUGCUCUCAUCAUCUACAUCUUGACCUUUCUGCUCGGCCUUCCUGCCAACCUGCUCGUCUUCUUUGUGUACAUGCGCAAGGCUCGUAAACAUGGUGCCACACCCAACGUGGUCUACGCCCUCAACUUGUGUCUGGCCAACUUGGGGCUGUUAGUCUGGCUGCCUGUCAAGACUCUGGAGACUUUGCUUCAGGACUGGAGGCUGCCUGCUCCCGUGUGUCUUGUCUACAACUUCUUCCUCUUCUCGUCCCUGUAUGGCAGCUGUCUGUUCAUCACUGCUGUAACAGCGGGUCGUUACUUCAGCAUAGCAUUCCCGAUUGUCUACAAGAGAUGGCGCUGUGCUCGUAACUCCUGCAUCAUCAGCGCUGUCUUGUGGCUGUUGGUGGUGCUACACCUCAGCCCUGGCGUGAUGGUCGAAGAAGGGGGGUUUUUUGUUUCCACAGGUAAUAACUCCUCAGUUUGCUAUGAAGUUUUUAGUGCGUCCCAGCUGGCCGUGCUGCUGCCACUCCGCCUGGAGAUGGCCAUCACCCUGUUUCUUUUGCCUCUGAUUGUGUCAACUUUUUGCACGAUGCGCUGCGUCACGCUGGUGUGGCGCUCGAAAUUGUCCCCCAUGGGAAAAAGAAGAGUGCUGGCUGUUGCGCUGUCCACGCUCGCUGUGUUUGUGGUUUGCUACGCACCCUACAACGCCUCACACGUCGUGGGGUUUGUGAUGGGGGAGAACGUGAAGUGGAGGACGUACGCUAUGCUGACGAGCACCUGUAACGUAUUCCUGGACCCUGUGGUCAUGCUGAUGCUAUCUCCAGUCAUGUCAAGAGGCAUCUUGGGAAGAAUCUGUGGACGGCAAAGCCAGUUCAGCCACAGGGGGGGUUCUCGGUACCGGUGUAAAGCCGUCAGUGAAGCUUCAAAAGUUAGACCACCAACUGUCCCAUCUGAGGGGAGCAAACCUGGGGCUUAGAUGACCUGAGAGUGUCACAAGGAGACUGUGCAACAAAUUCAAAAGAAGAAAUGGUGCAAAAACAUUUAGUCUGAUAUGACCACUCUUCAUGUACCAGUAACCUCUGCAAACAGACCCAGUAAACCUCCUCCACACUGACUGUCCAGCUACAUGAAGUCUGUUAAUUCAGAGCUGACUGACUUCUUCAAAGCUUUGUGUCGUCAGGCGUUAACGACCUGUUUAGACCAAAUGUUUCUAAAGAAAAGAGAUGAUGUAAAAGCCUAUUUUGCAGACUGAAUACAGCUGUAAGGUACUGCUGUGUCACAUGUAAUGUUUUGCUGAUUCUUGUAACAUCCUUGUUUUGGAUUAAAAUGAUGUGUGGAUAGUAUGUGAAAUCAUUGUUUUUGACCAGGCACACUGUGUAUGUUUAAACAUUUUAUUUCAGAUUUCAUGAGGAAUGUUUAUCGGCUGAUUUUAAAUGGCUCCAUCUGGUGUCUCAAGCUGUAAAAGCUCACUUUAAAAUCUGUCAUGUUUUGGAAAGUGUUCAG